UAUUUUCAUGCAUCGUGGCUAUUAAUUUUUGACAAGAAUUGACAAUUUUAACUAACGAACUGUUUGUAACUUAUGAUAUAAGGUUAACUUAUAGAAGUAUAUGAAAAAUAAUUGUGAGUGCGAUUAACAAACAUAUAACCACUAGAUAAAGUUGUAUAGCUAUUAUACAUAAUUCAUAUGACGUCGUGAAAACCCAGUGAAAAAUACUACGUUCUCUCAAUUAUAAACGAUCGACGUACAUUUUACAAUAUUGUGCGCUAUUUAUACAUAUAUGUAUAUACACAAUCGUAAUAAUCGUCAUAAUUGUGACGCAAGCUUAGUUGUAAUGAGAUUUUCACACUGCAUUACAAAGGAAAAAAUAGAAGAGGACGCUUAAUUAUAGUUGAGCUUUGCAAUUCUCUCUCAUCUCGCACAUCUUGGUUGAAGAAAAAGUUUUAAUAAUGACAACACCUAUGUGCGAGGAUGGUGGACCAUUAAGGGAAUGGGCACCGCUUGCUGUCCUUUUACAACAGAUACCUGCCAAAAUACAAAAUGGUAUUUUUACACAAGAUAUUAAUUUCACCUGCAUUGCUACCCUCACUGAAUUUAUUGCCAUUGGAACUAAUCAUGGGCUUAUUUAUUGGUAUAAUAGAGAAAAACAGGAUCUGCAAAGAUUACGUUGUGAGAAUAUAAAUUCCAAAAUUACAAGCAUACAAGUAAUAUCUACAGUCGAUUAUAUGGUUGCUGUUGGCAAUGAACAUGGUGUUGUCACAGUAUUUCAAAUUCCCAAGAAUCCACCCGAUUCAUUGCCAGACAGUUUAAAACCAAAACAGAAAAAACAGGUGGAAAGGUAUAGCAUAAGUGGCUUACAUAAUACUGCAGUGACAGCAGUGGAAUGGUCUAAGAAUGGUAUGAAAUUAUUUAGUGGAGAUAAAGAUGGUUUAGUGGUUUUAACAGAAAUUGAUUUUUAUAUGCAUUUAUCUAAAUCAUCAAAAUUAUUAAAUGAGAAAUAUUCUGUAGUACAAUUGAGUUACCAACAGGGUUUGUUACUAGUUUCAACUACAUUACGUACAAUUUUGGUGAACAGAAAUGAAAAUGGGAAAGUGACACAAGUUGGCCAAAAAGAACGUAAAACACUAGGUAAAUUAGGUGCGGUAUUUGGUUCUCGACAAAAUUACAUACAAGAAUCAGUAAUCUAUGCAAGUAGACCAGGGUUACGUUUAUGGCAGGCCGAUAAGAUGGGAACUGUAUUAAAAACACUCAUAUUUAAGGAUGCAGUUAGAUCAGGUCAUACAGAAGUGGCGUUAUUAAAUCCUGCAUCUGAAGGUUUGAGAAAGAAUCGCGGUGAACCUUCGUUCGGCAUUGUACUGCCAUUUUGUGAUGAUUUAUUAGUAACAUAUUGCGACGAUGUAGUCUAUGUGGUAAAUCCAAAUACUAUUGCAAUAACAUCGAUCAUAAAUGAUUUGCGGCGUGUUACCGAUGUGGCUUGUACGAAAGAUGAAAUAUUUAUAUUAGAAGGAGAAAGAAAUAUUUUGCGUAUUGCUUAUUAUCCUGAAAAUAUUACAUCUGGAGAAAUAAACAAUAUGGAUUCUUUAUUGUCAUUUUCUGAAUAUAGUAAACCUGUUGCCAAUGGUAUACUAGGACUAACUUCAAAAUUAAAGGAAAGUAAUAUAGUACCAACUAUUCCCUUUUCAAAAAUCAAUCCAACCAACAUUAUUCAAUCCGUAGGCAUUUUACCAACUGUUACUGUCGGUACUGAUGCCAAUGUAAUUGCAAAUGCGGAAGAAGCUGUGGAAAUACCUCCAAUAGUUCCAAUAGAUUUAAAUACUACACUUAUAACGGAUAUUAACAAAAUACCAGAACAUAACGAUACCAAUAAAAGAAAUACAGAAGAUAAAAGCAAUGAUCGCCGGGAAAUAUUCCAAAAAAUUGGCCAACAAGCAUUUGAAGAUGUUGUUUUCACGCCUGAAAGAAAACAGAAAAAAUCUCGGAUUAAAGUAAUGAAUGGAAGUGAAAGUGUCAUAUCGUCACACGACAAUAUUGAUAAUUUGUCAAGUAGCUUAGGUAUUGAUCAUGUGAAUACUAACAAGACAAUGACAACUUAUUCCUCUUUAAUGCAACUGAGUCUUGAUGACGAUUUUAUAUUAAAAUCAGAUCGAGAUUUAGAAACAAUUCAACGAGAUGUAGAAGAUAAAGAAAAAUUAUUAGCAGAUGUUCUCGAUUUUGAUCUAUCCAAGUACAUGACGAGUAGUCAAAUAAAUAAAGAUGAUUCGAAUAUAUCCAAUCAUAUGGAUACUAUAACAUAUAUAAAUUGUAAUGUACAUUCUAACAAUGCGAUGAUAGGAGAGCAAGAUGCAAAUAAGGAAAACGAGAAUAUCGAACAGAGCGAUCAUACGGAAACUGAAUCGGGGGAAGAAGAUGUCAGCUAUCGCACCGAACUAAAACGAUUAGAAGAUCUCGGAGAAUGCAGAAAAACUCUUUUACAAAAUAAACUAGACGAUAUCCCUCCCACUUGCAAUAAUUUUGUUGAUAUUCGACAAGUACCGCCAAAUCGAGACGAAUUAGAACAUCAAUUUAAUGCUUUGGCAAAAGAAUGUGCUACAUCUGUUAUUCUCGAGGAAGAAGAUUGGGUUUUGGUCAAAGAUGACAUACCUUCAAUCACGAUGUUUUAAGCAAGAGUUGCUUUGCAUUUUAUAUACACAUAAGUAUAUCAUUGUUAAAAAAUAAUAAAUAAUUACGUGAUAUGCAUAAUA